AUGUGGAGUCAACCGAAAGUUUACAAGCAGUGAGUCUGACUCAAGUCCAGUCUGUGGUCAUAGAAUAUAGGCUGCGCACAUUUUAGCAGUUCGACUGCAGAAGAGAAGCAAGUUGCCCGUGGAGUUGUUUUCUAGUCAAGGAACUGUCCUACAUGCGUAAAACUAAUUUAAAAGUGACCUUAAAGAUUGCCAAGGAUAAAGUCUUUGUUGGUUAAUGUUCAACUUUGGAAGAAUCUCGGGAGGCUGGAGAGGAACUUUGGAAAUGGGACUUAACAUUUAGACUUUGAAAGCAGUCGGAGAGGAUAGACAUGGGCAGCGGGACAAGCAGAGGGAAGAGAGUAGCACCUGCGGAUGUCAGCGAGGUGAACGUGGCCAAGAAAGCCGCCACUUCACCCAAACAGGACAGCCGUGCGUUUAAGCCGCUAAAAAUCCAUGCAAUUUUACGCAACGCGCGCAACCGUGCGCAACCGGACAGCCACAGUGAAGGACAUGACUCUGACUUCUCCAGGGAGGAUGAGGAUAUCGAUGCAGAGCUGGACACAUUGCUAGCAGAAUAUGAGGAGCGAGAGAGGGCAUCCAUGAAGAAAAAUCCCCCUAAGAGGACUGUCAUCAAGUCCAAAACAUACGGACUGUGUCACUUUGGUCAAGAGGAUGAAGAGGAGUUCGGCUCAGCUCCUGUCGAGUCAGACGCGGAGACACGUGGCUCACACGGCGGAUCAAGAGACAUAAACAAGAGGAACAAUGAUGCUUUUACACACUUUAAAAAACGCACAUCUGCGUCCCACAGCCAGAAAAAUGGCUUUCUGACGAGAGGGGCUUUGUUGGAAGCUGUUCCCACACCAGGACAACAAUUGACGCUUGGCAGCUGCCACAGCUCCUCUCUCACCAUGCCAGUCAUCCUGUACGAUGGAUCAGAAGAAGAGCUGAUGGACACUAUUGAGAGAGAGUUUAGUUGACCCCCAGCUGGGAAUGCUGCAGGAAACUGAUGUGCUCUCAAACUAUCUUUUAUGUGACACAGCAGCUUGCAGAAAACACUUUAAAGUAAAAAGGUAACCAGGGUUUCUUUUGACAAUUUCCUGCUUUUAAGGGAGGCUACAUUAACUGUAUUUAAGCAGGUUUUCCUGGAUACAUUUUACAUUGUUUUACCUCUUGGCCUUUGCAUGUAUCCAAGUCUUAUUUAACAACAUGCAGCAGUGUAAUUGCAGAGUUAUAACAGCAGCUUGAACAGAUGCCAGGAGCUUCUCCUUUACAGGGCAGCUCUGUGAACAGACAGAAGCCUCCUUGGCUUGUUAUCUGUAGUGGUAAGGUGUCACUGUCACCCCCUCAGUGCUGCCAGGCCUCCCACUAAGCACACAACUACUUAUUGGUCAGCUAUUACUUAUUUUACUUUAACCUGUCUGUAAAAAGGUAAAGGAGGGAACACAGAUAUUUCUAUGGUUGCUCCAACCAGGCGAGGCACAUUCUUGAGGCUAUAACAUAUGCAAAGAAAACAUUUUCCACCAGCAGUUCUGUGUGUGUAGGUAUUUUUAAAGAGGUAACCAUGCAAGGUAUGAGCUGGGAUGUUUAUUUAAGGUUUCCUUCCUGACCACAGUGCCUGCAUGUACUUCUCCACCCUUAUGAAGAAGGAAUGUGUGGUAACAGAGACUCCCAGCCAGCUUGACCCAGCAGCUGUUUUAGCCGCAUUUAAACUUUGUGGUAUGCUGCCACUUAGUGGAGGAACAUUGAAGUUGUGCAUAUGAGCAGAAGCUGGAACAUUUAUGUAAAUAUUGUUUGUGUUAAUGAGCUGCUCUUGUUACAGUUCAACACAAGAAGAUUUUUAACCAGCAAACAGAAGAAGGGUUUUGUUAAUAAGUUUUGUAUUACAAAUAAAAUAGUUCCAUUGCUUUAUGA